GUGACGCCAAGGGGCCGGGAGUGCUUAACGAGUACGUGAUGACGUCAGCUGCGGCCUCUUUCCGCCCUGCCCGCUGCGAGGAUGAAGACCAUUCUCAGCAACCAGACCGUCGACAUCCCCGAGCAAGUCAGCGUGUCGCUGAAGGGCCGGACGGUCAUUGUGAAAGGCCCCAGAGGAACCUUGCGAAGGGAUUUUAACCACAUCAAUGUGGAGCUCUCCCUCUUGGGAAAGAAGCGCAAGAAGCUGCGUGUUGACAAGUGGUGGGGUAACAGAAAGGAGCUGGCAACAGUUCGCACAAUUUGCAGCCAUGUACAGAACAUGAUAAAGGGUGUUACACUGGGAUUCCGUUACAAGAUGAGGUCAGUGUACGCUCACUUCCCAAUCAACGUAGUUAUACAGGAUAAUGGCUCACUUGUGGAAAUCCGAAACUUCCUGGGAGAGAAGUACAUUCGCAGAGUGCGUAUGAGGCCAGGUGUUUCCUGUGCGGUAUCUCAAGCCCAGAAAGAUGAGCUGAUCCUUGAAGGGAAUGACAUUGAAUUGGUCUCCAAUUCAGCUGCCUUGAUCCAGCAAGCCACUACGGUCAAGAACAAGGAUAUCAGGAAAUUCUUGGAUGGUAUCUAUGUCUCUGAGAAAGGAACAGUGCAGCAGGCAGAUGAGUAAAACUCUAAUAGUUGUAUGGAUGCUGGAACCAACCACCAUGAGACAUUAUAUCCACAAGUACCAGCUUGAAGAAUCUGAUACAAAACCCGAACACCAUGAGAGGUUUAAUAAAAUAAAACAUAUUUCAUA